GUAUGUCUUCUUGAUGUGGUUUGCGUAUGAUCUUCCCCGAAUCGGGCUGGAGGGGGAGAUUGUUGUGGGUCCAGCCCAUUUUGUUUGGGUUCCAUUUUUCUUUGGUGGAGGGCCCAACUAUGUUUUUUCCUUGGUUGACUAACAAAAGGAAGGAAGUAAAAGGGCUGGGCAGUGUGAGGACUUACGACAGAGCAGAGAGAAAAAAAAUCAGAAUUGGGAGAGGAAAGGUGCUGGUGCAGAAUGUACAGACCAGCCGCACAAAUUCGAUCAUAGCCGGAGAUCCAACCGUUGGAUUGAGCUGAAAUUUUCAGAGGUUGUUCCCAACACUUAGGGCUUCAAUCUGUUCAAUUUUCACAUCAAUCGGAGCUACGGAUCUUCUGUAAUCGCAGCUGGUGCGACGCUACGUUUUUGGGUGAUAAUCCUGAUUUUCCUUCUCUAUUGUUGAUGGCUCUUAUGUAUGUUGUUGUUGGUGGGCUGUGACAUCCUUGUAGACUGAGUUUGGGUGUUUUUACCCUCAACUUGCAUAAUAAGAGAAGAAGAGGGCGGACUCCCUAUAAGUCCCGUGGUUUUUAUCCUUCACAUCGAAGGGGUUUUCCACGUAUAAAAAUCGUGUGUCGUUUGCAUCUUUAUUCUUCAUAUUUGGUUGUGGUUUAUUUGAUGUGUUGCUGAUUUUGUGUGCUUGGUUAAUCAAUUGUGGUAAAUUGG